AACAAAAAAAAAAAACAUGAAAACAAAAAGGGAUAAUCAAGGCAUCUACUCCGGUGGAGAUUUUGCCUUCACCUGCUUCGGAUUUGUACUUUUCUUGUUCAAUGUUGUAUUGGACAUCGAUGUGUCUGUGGGCUUUUACCAGGAAGGAGACUACGCUUCAUGACUCGUUUUCGUCCUUAUAAUGGGAUUUUCCUCAAUGGCAAUACAAGUGUUCAGCUGGAUUUUUUUUCAAGUGGAUCGACAAAGGGACGACUAUGUUCCAGUGACGUGGGCUUAGAAGCUAUCAGUGCGACAGAGAGCUGCAAUCCAUGUGCUCCAGCUGGGGAUGGUGGUGAGGUACAUUGCUGCCAUAAAGCUGGGCUACACAGUGAUCUUCUGCUCCACCACCACAGAAAAGGCCUCUCUAGUGAGAUUUGUCAACUUCGUGAGCCACGACCUCAAGCUGCUGUCCGUGUUUGAGACGUCUUCAGAAACCAUUCCUCAGAUGAUCCUCAUGCUGUAUAUUUUUCUUCGAAGCAACAAGGUGGACUAUGUCCAGUGUGUGAAGUUUGGUGGGGGCAUCCUGACUGUUACCAAUUCAGUGGUCAACUACCACAUGUCCUUGCGAGCCUCUUUGACUGAGAAAAAACAACUGAAAGUUAGGCCUUUUUGCCCAUGGCUGGUCUACUUUGGAUGGAACCUGCUCCUCCUCGCCUCCAGGAUUGUAGCUGUGACUCUGCUUACCUUGGUUUCCUUCUGCUAUAUUGGAUUCAAUUUUCUGUGUGUGUGGGCCGCCAUCCUUCUGUGGACGUGGAAGCAGAACACUAAGUUGAUAGGAAGACCAAAAUCAGAGUGGCUCUAUCGCGCUAUGGCGGCCCUUAUUUUGUAUUUCAACUGGUUUAAUGUGGCGGAGGGAAGGACACUAGGAAAAUGCAUCAUCUACCAUUCCUUCAUUUUUGUGGAUACUCUGACUCUUCUAGUUGUCUGGUAUAUCUUCAGAGAUACUCACAAAACAGAUGCCUAUGCCAUGCAUGCCCUCAUUGGUGUACCUGUUGUGUACUUGUCAGGUGUGCUGUGUAGAGGACUGUACUAUUGGAGAUUUCAUCCUAAAGUCUGGACGGAGAAACAAAAUAAUGCACAGAAAGGUAAUGAAAAGCUUCAAAAUUUGGAAUCCCCUUUUGAUGAAAUUGCUCUUGGAGAUGAAAGUGUUCCAUCACUUCUCACAGACGGAGAAAGCAACACAGUGAGCAGCCCCGCUCAGUCAGCCAGCUAUCUGGCCGCAGCUUUCACUCAUUCUUGACUUCUAAGGCUACAAAGAAUAGCCAUGUUGAGGUGUGAAAUUUACCAACAGUGCCUAAUAAGAAAAAAAUCACCUUCCUCCACGACUCACGUGGGACAUUCCGAAAAUGUACAUGUAAUUCUAAGUUGGUCCACUGUGUGCUUAUGUGCCCUCCAAUGGGCUGGUGCCAGGUCCAGCACUGGUUGGGUAGGUGGCUCCUGUCUUGUGCAAAAACCUGAAGCAAAAGACUCCUGUCCCUUGUGAACCUGAAGGAAUUACAUGGGUUUGAGAUUGUGAUAACAGGACUGACAGCAAGCUCAAUGCAUUUUCAUCCUGUCUUAGCAUUUGGUAUCUUCAUUUAUUUUAGAUUUUUUCCUUAUCAGUAGCUUGACUAGCACUUAUCUGCUUGCAGUAUGGCUGUGCCUUCAUCAUGCCAUUGGAUUGUUUAUCAUGUCACCAGGCUUUUCCAUGGUCCUAGCUUGACCAUUGUGGUACAGAAUUAUUGUGUGCCAUAUACACUAGCGAAUGACAUCACAGCAGCCAUCUUUUGCUUACUUAUAGAAGACUUUUUUUUUUUUUUAGUAUUGUAGGCAUUGCCCAUUCUGCUCGGCUUUUAGUAGAACAGAAGGCCAAUUAAGGCGGCUGAUUUUGCAGGGAUGCAAACCGCUCUAUUUGGGGUGAGGAGCCACCCACCCUCUGCAAAGAAAGAAGCUCAAAAAUCCUCUUCAGCUUGGAAGCUAACCUCCACAGAGCCUUAGAGCUAGUAACUCAGGGGAUCCAGUGCAAAGAUCCACUCUGUCAAGCUAGGCUCUGUGCCAGUGACCGAGCCGUGUUUGAAGAGACUGAAAAGCAGCAUUAGGAAGGGAACCUUCUGCACCUAAUCUCUUAUACCAGAAAGAGCAAUACUUCACUCAGUGAAGUUGCAGAGGACACAGCAAUCUGAGAAAAGCAACAUCACAUCACAACACUGACAAAGAGUGCACUCAAAACGCAAGAAGAGUCCACCAGUCGAACCCGGAGCAGCAACAACACACAACUACCAAAAACAUCAGACAUCAUCCUUAAAGACUUGGUCAUGUAAAAAUAACUUUAAUACUCUAAAUAGCCAACAAAUAACCAACCAAUUUGGUGUUGUAUGUCCGUCUGUCUGAUCCGUGUUGCAUCCUGUCUUCUACGUCGAUAUAUAUGCAGUUGUCAUAUUUCUAUAAUCUUUGUGUUCAUCAAUAAAUUGUAUUAUUCUAUUUCUUAAAAUGAGUGUGCUCCAGUUAGCUUGAUACAAGUCAAAUGGUAGUAAACCUCUGUUCUUCAAAGGAAGGUAUGGAAAAUAAAGGGAGAGCCUUACCAGA